AUGGAAAAUGGUAUCGGCAUAUGGGUUGUAAGACGUUUAACAGCACGUGAUUCACAAACGGCAUUAGAGGAAGCUAUGAGAAUGUCAUUUUUGAUUAGUGCAGAUGCAGUGCAUCGCAACUAUAAGGAAAAACAUGAGGAAUGCCAUAAACCAGACCUCCAUGAGGGUGUCAUAGUCAAGAUAAAUGUUAAUCAGCGUUACGCUACAAAGGCUACUGUCGCGAAUUUCGAAUAUCGCGAAGCUCUAAAUAAAAUAAAAUGA